AUUAUAUGCAACGUAGUAAGUAUUUUAAGACUAGAUAUGAUUAUGAAAUGGUUAGAAGUCUUUUAUAUUGACGUGUCAUUCAAGGCGUUUUGAAACCGGAAACGGCUUCAUGGUGGCGCUACUUUUGGUAAAGCGAAGUCCUAUGCCUUCUAGAGAUGUCUCUAAGCUCAGUACAGUCCACCUUGUCCACUCUGAAGUCAUGUCAAGCAGAUAUUGGAGCUUGUAUGGACAUGAUAUCAGACGUUGCACUGGGAAUAGUCGAAGCACAAGGUAUGAAUAACAGUCCAUCUCUGAAGAAACUGGAGGAGAUGAUUAUGGAGUGUUCCAGACUGGACAGAGAAAUCAAUUGUUUUGUGGAGUCAGUUGAUGAGAAAACUGCUCAGGUCAGAAAUGAACCUCCGGAGGCCAUGGUUCAUCUGAGAAACUCUGUAAAGGACCGUUUUAGUGAGUUAAUGGCUGGAGUUUCAGAUGCAGACCUGCAAAGGCACAGUAAGGUGGUUGCCUUCAAAGACAGUGUCAGGAAAUAUGCCAUGCAAGGUCAAACUGAUGCUGAGAACGAAGAGGAGGAACUUGAUGAGGACAUUGCUGUAACACAGAGCCAGACAAACUUCAUCUGCCCUCUCACCCAGGUUGAGAUGGUCAAUCCAGUGAAAAAUAAGAAAUGCAAUCAUUACUAUGACCAAGCGGCUGUACUUGAAAUGAUUAAAGCCAAGCACAAAAAUAAGAAGAAUUUUCGCUGUCCAAAGGUUGGCUGUGACAACAGAGAUGUUCAGCAGUCGGACCUCGAAUUGGAUCUGGUUAUGAAGAGAAUGAUCCAGAACCACAAGAGACACAGCGGAAAAACCUAAUUUGAUCAAAUCAGUCCCGCGGAUGUUCUAGUUGUUUUGUCUGAAAUGGGAACAUGGUUUGCCUGAAUGUUGAAAUCUAGAACUGGAGGCUUUUGUUGUAAAAUUUGGUUUGUUAUAGUUAAUAUAUAACACAUUUGCAGUUCUUGUUUGUAAUACAAAUAUAAAUGCACUAUGCUGACUUGAAAAAAACCCCAAAAUAUUUGUUCCUUCUCAUAUUGCCUCACUGUCAAACCUCAAAUUACCUACACAUUUUAUCCUUAGUCAAUGAGAGCAAGACUCUUUUUCAUCUCUGUAAAUGACAAUAAAAACCUGCUUCCUUUCAA